AUGGCGCUCCCAUUGAACCUAGCCACUGACGAGGGAAGCCCAGACUGGCUGAACAAAGGCGACAACGCAUGGCAGCUCACCGCCGCAACCCUCGUCGGGAUGCAGAGCGUCCCCGGCCUCGUCAUCCUCUACGGCAGCAUAGUGAAGAAGAAGUGGGCCGUGAAUUCGGCCUUCAUGGCCCUCUACGCCUUCGCCGCCGUCCUCAUCUGCUGGGUCGGGUGGGGCUACCAGAUGGCCUUCGGCGACAAAUUCAUCCCUUUCCUCGGCCAGCCGGACGUCGCCCUCGAUGAGAAGUUCCUCCUGAGCAGGACCUUCGUCGGAUACCUUCCCAACGCUACCAUGGUUUACUUCCAGUUCGUGUUCGCCGCCAUUACCCUCAUCCUCAUCGCCGGAGCUCUGCUCGGGAGGAUGAAUUUCCACGCCUGGAUGAUCUUCGUCCCUCUCUGGCUCACUUUCUCAUACACCAUCACCGCUUACAGCAUCUGGUGCCCCACCGGCUGGCUCGCCAAGAAGGGCAUCAUCGAUUACUCCGGCGGUUACGUCAUUCACCUCUCCUCCGGCGUCGCUGGUUUCACCGCCGCUUUCUGGGUGGGUCCCAGGGCGAACAAAGACAGAGAGAGGUUCCCGCCCAACAACAUACUACUGAUGUUGGCCGGAGCUGGGCUGCUGUGGAUGGGAUGGACGGGUUUCAACGGUGGAGAUCCGUAUACCGUUAGUGUCGAUGCUUCUCUUGCCGUACUCAACACCCACGUGUGCACGGCUACUAGCUUGCUGGUCUGGCUACUCCUCGACAUUAUGUUCUUCGGCAAGCCCUCCGUCAUCGGAGCCAUCCAGGGCAUGAUCACCGGUCUCGUCUGCAUCACUCCUGCAGCUGGAGUAGUGCAAGGAUGGGCAGCAAUAAUAAUGGGGAUCCUGUCAGGAAGCAUUCCAUGGUACACAAUGAUGGUCCUCCACAAGAAGAUCUCAUUCCUCAAGCACGUCGACGACACCAUGGCCAUCUUUCACACCCACGCCAUCGCAGGAAGUCUCGGAGGUAUCCUCACCGGAAUCUUCGCGGAGCCUAAGUUGUGCAGGAUUUUCUACCUUGUCCCUGAGUGGGAGCACUACAUCGGCUUGCUCAACGGCUUCCACGACAACCGCGCUGGGGCAGGGUUCAAGCAACUCGGUGUCCAGCUGCUCGGAAUACUUUUCGUCGUCUUCGUCAACGUCAUCAUGACCAGUAUCAUAUGUGUGUUGAUUAGAUUGGUGGUUCCGUUGAGGUUGUCUGAGGAGGAGCUUAGCACCGGCGAUGACGCCAUCCAUGGGGAAGAGGCUUACGCGUUGUGGGGAGAUGGGGAGAAGUAUGAGUCCAGGCACGACUCGUUUUACGGCGCCGAUCAGGAGAUUCCGCACUCGACCAAGUCGGGCGGAGCAGGUGGUCAGGUUGAGAUGGCUUGAGGAGGGAGAGAAUUACUUAAGAGGGAGUUUGAAAGACGAGGUUUUGAAUUAACUUUGUGAGCCACGUACGACGUCGUUCUGCUUGGGGUUUCCUUAUUCUUGUGUAGGUUUGACUUUUCUUUUCUUUUAGUUUCUUUUUUUGUGUUGUUUGUUUGUGUUGGAGGGAGAGAAGAUAGUGGUCAUUCGCAAGCUAUUAUUCUCAUCAUGAGUGUUGAUUAAGGU